AUGCGGCCAGUCUUCCCCGGCCUCCCGGGCUCUUAUUCUUUAGUGGGCCAUGGGAACCCACAGGGAAAAACACUCCCAGCCCUCGAACAUUCCUUACGGCCACAGAACGCCCUGAGCUCCUCCGACCAAGCCCCGCCUACGGAAGCGAUUAUCACCCACCAGUGUCUAGCGGGGCUGGGGCCGGGAAGCCCCGGCCUUCCCACCCUGGCCUUUGAUCUUUCCUCUCCUGUACCUUUCCGCCCCGCCCUCGGCCAUGGGAACUGUAUAAUAGUGGAGGGGUCCCCGACCAGCUGGCAGCAUGAUCUCCUCGUCUGUACCACGAUGGCAACAGCAGCGCCCAACCAGCUCCAAUUUGGGGAAAGCCCUCAGUACCCAGCUUACCUGUCCAGCUUUUCCGGCAGUGCUUACCUGAGUCCUGCGAGUCCAGGGUGCACCCCCUGCCAGCCGCUCCUCGCGGGCUCGGGCCCAGACCUUCGACCCUCGGCGGCCUCAGCCUACGAGGGCUACCCCGGGUCUGGGUCGGAGCCAGGGUCGACUACACUGCUUCCAGUCAGUCUGGCGCCUCCAGUGCCACAACUCAAAGGCCAGCCAGCUCCGUCCGGCUCAGGGUCGGGGUCGCAGCGCAGGAAGAGAACGUCUUUCAGCCCCGAGCAGCUGCAGCUGCUGGAACUGGUGUUUCGCCGGACCAUGUACCCGGACAUCACCUUGCGGGAACGCCUGGCUACCCUCACUAGGCUCCCGGAGUCCAGGAUCCAGGUGAUGAUGCGCCCAGCGGAGCAGGGGUGGGGUGGGUGGGACGGGGCGGGGCGGGGCGGGGCCGGUGGAGAGGAGAGCGGAGAAGCAGCCGCCGCCUUUGCCUCGACACCUCGCGUGGUCUGGUUCCAGAACAGACGCGCCAAAUCCCGUCGGCAGAGAGGAAAGUCCUAUAAUCCCUCAGCAGGACCAGAGCUUUUCCUCAAUCAUUCUCCUCUUGGAACUGAAGGGGAACAUUUGGUUCCCCUGCUGCCUCUUGAGGUAGAUGUGAACUGCUUGCCUGAUCCAAACAGGGGUGGAGUUGGGCUCUCUGGCCCCCAUAGCCAAGGACAGAAUUUUGAAACCUUUUCACCUAUAUCUGAAGACACUGGUUCAAAACUAGACUUGUGGGAAGAACGUGUCUUAUCUACAUUCAGCAAUUCUUGA